ACGGGGUGUCGGACCUGCCCCCCUAGGUGGAGCGGAUCCUGGCACUGCGGGACCUGGUCACUGUCUAUUCAGACGAGGAGGGGCUGGAGGAGUUUGAGACGGUGCUGCUCAAAGCCCUGGUCAGAGGCGGUCACCUGACUGGUGAGGCCACCCGGUACCUGGAUGAGCUGCGUCUGGCUGUGGCCUGGAACCAUGUGGACUUCGCCAGCUCCGAGCUCUUCCGUGGAGACAUCCAAUGGGAGCCCCCCCAGCUGGAGAAGCCCAUGCGGGACGCGCUGCUGGGGGACCGCCCGGCCCUGGUGCGUCUGUUCGUGGAGAACGGGCUGGACCUGGGCGAGUUCCUGACCUGGGGGUGCCUGGCGGAGCUGUACCGGGAGGUCCCCGAGGCCUCGCUGCUGCACCAGCUGCUGGAGCGGCGCCAGGGUGGGGCUGAGUCCCCCCACUACCAGCCUGUGGAGCGCCCCCCCGACUGGCACUUGACCCAGGUGAACUGUCUGCUCCGUGAAAUGCUUGGCGACGUCUGCAUCUGCAACCCCUUCUAUGCUGAGCUGUGCCCCCUGGACUCCAAGGGGGCUGGGAAGAAGGGUCUCCUGCUGGACGGGGACCCCACCGACCUCGGCGGUCGCCCCCAGAACCCCUGGACCCACCUCUUCAUCUGGGCCGUGCUGCUGAACCGGGGCGAGAUGGCCACGUACUGCUGGGAGAUGGCCCCAGACGCGGUGAUGGGGGCGCUGGUGGGGGCGCGGAUCUUGCGGGAACUCUCCCACCAAGAGUUGGACGAGCAGGAGGCGGCGGACAUAAAGGAGCUGGCCAUGAAGUUCGAGACCCUGGCCAUCGGCGUGUUCGGCGAGUGCUACGGGAACUGCGAGUCUCGGGCCUCCCAGCUCCUCGUGCGUCGCUCCCGCCUCUGGGGCGGCGCCACCUGCCUGCAGCUCGCCUGGCUGGCCGAGGCCCGGUGCUUCUUCGCCCACGACGGGGUGCAGGCGCUGCUGACCCAGAACUGGUGGGGCGAGAUGGAAAGGUCCACGCCCGUCUGGAAACUCCUCCUCACCUUCUUCUGUCCCCCCCUCAUCUUCACCCACCUCAUCACCUUCAGGGAGGAUCUGGAGCAGGAGAAGCCCCACAGCCUGGAGCUGGAGAACCUGGACGCUGACGGGAAAUGCCCCAUGGAGGAGAUCCUGAUGGGGUCGGCGUGCUCACCGAGCUCCCCCCCGCGGCCGGGCUGGGCCUGGGGGCGCUGGCGCUGGUUCUGGGGGGCUCCGGUGACGGCCUUCCUGGGCAACGUGGUGAUGUACCUGCUCUUCCUCCUGCUCUUCUCCUACGUGCUGCUGCUGGACUUCGCGCCCCCCCCGGACGGCCCCCGCGCCUCCGAGGUGCUGCUCUACGCCUGGGUCUUCACCCUGCUGUGCGAGGAGCUGCGGCAGGGCUGCUUCACCGGGCGCCGGGCGCUGGCCCAGCGCGUCCGCGCCUACCUGCAGGACCCCUGGAACCAGUUCGACCUGACCGCCCUGGGGCUCUUCCUGCUGGGGGCCGUCUGCCGGAUGUUCCCCAGGACCUACGCGUCGGGGCGCACCGUGCUCUGCCUGGACUUCAUGGUCUUCACCCUGCGUCUCAUCCACAUCUUCGCCGUCAACAAGCAACUGGGCCCCAAGAUGAUCAUCGUGGGCAAGAUGAUGAAGGACGUCUUCUUCUUCCUCUUCUUCCUGGCCGUCUGGCUGGUGGCCUACGGGGUGACGACCGAGGGGCUGCUGCACCCCAGUGACCAGCGCCUGGCCUGGAUCUUCCGCCGCAUCUUCUACCGGCCCUACCUGCAGAUCUUCGGCCAGAUCCCGCUCAACGAGAUCGAUGCGGCGCUGAUCGCGGCAUCGAACUGCACGGACGACCCGGUGGCGAUCCUGAUGGAGGAAGCCAAGCCCUGCACGAACACCUACGCCAACUGGCUGGUGCUGGUUCUCCUCGUCAUCUUCCUCCUCGUCGCCAACAUCCUGCUUCUCAACCUGCUCAUCGCCAUGUUCAGUUACACCUUUGCUGAGGUGCAGGGCAACAGCGACACCUACUGGAAGUCGCAGCGUUACAGCCUGAUCCUGGAGUACCACAACCGGCCGGCGCUGGCCCCCCCCUUCAUCAUCAUCAGCCACGUGCGACAGCUGCUGCGCUACCGGGCCCGGGGGGGCUCUGCCAAGAGCCGCCACUUCGCUCGGGACCUGCCCCCGGAGCAGGACGCCCGGCUGCUCACCUGGGAGGCUGUGCAGAAGGAGAAUCACCUGGUAGCCCUGGGCCGCCAGAAACGGAACAGCGACACCGAGCGGCUCCGGCGGACGUCUCAGAAGGUCAACCAGGCCUUGAAGCAAUUGGCCGAGGUCGGACGGCUAAAGACCCAGAUGGAGAAGUGCACCAGCGCCCUAUGCUGGAUGAUGGACACCCUGGCUCAGAGCGACCUGGGGAAGAACCGCCCCGCCCCCCCCAGGCUCAAAAAGGACUGACCCCCCCCAACCCCAGCGAGCGAGGACGUCGGCUGCGGAGAAUGGACACCCAGCUGCGAACCCAGGCGUCCGGGCACCACAGACUGUCCUGGGGGGCUGGAGUUCAGGAGAUCCCUGCUGUGAACCCAGGUGUCCGGAUGCCACAGACUCGCGGGGGGGGGGGGAAUCUCAGGGCACCCCCCCAGCGGGUCCCCUGGUGACCAAGUGGGGUUUUAUUCAUCUUGUUAUGUUGCAUGUGAGUCUUACUGUCCUAGACUAAUACGGUGCGUGCCUCAGUUUCCCUGUGUGCUGCACCAGUGCCUCGGUGGCGGGAAUAGGGGGUGUGGGACUUCGGCUAACACCCUCGCGGCUCCAGCCGCCUGCACCUAGGUUAUGGCCCUAACCUGAGACCCAGGACGGGGAUGGGACUAGGUGACUCUUUGCCUGGGAAGAGAGACAAAGAGAAGGAGGAGGGGCAAUAGGGGGUGUCGGAGGUGGGGAGGCUGGAGGCUGGGAGUCUUCGUGGGGGGACUGGAAAAGGGGGAGUCCAGGGCGUCUGGCCCAGGACGCCCAAGCGGGACUUGGCUGAAAGUCACUGAUUUCUGUGCUAACAAACUCUGCCCUACGCUGUGAUCCCGUCGGCUAAUAAACCUUCUGUGUUCCCGGC